AUGUGGCACAACUUGGGGCUCAUCUUCCUCAACUCUGGGUGCUCUAGUCUGGGCCUGGUGUAUGCUGCUGCUGAGUACUGUGCAUCUUCCUGGAUCAACAGUUGUCACACUCACCUUGAGGCACUUGAGCGCGUUCUGUCGCCUGAUUUCAAAACUUCCAGCUGUCCGGUAGUCAUUGAUUUCCUUAUCAGGCAUGGACACAUUAACCCUGAUACAGAGCCGGCUUAUCCCGAAAUCGUCGAACUGCUGCAUGUUCCACUGCAGUCAAUGUACAAGGGCUUCCAAAAUGGAACUACAGUGACUAGCAACAACGAGAUCGAUGGAAUUAAUAAUAAAUUGUUGUAGUGUAAGCAAACUAUGGGCUCACUGCCGCCUCAAAUUCACACGUUUUCCAUUUUAUUCGUCAGCUAUUAAUAUUGAUAAGAUACUAUUGUAGGAUAGGCCUCGCUAUUAAAAAUUUGGGAAGCAGAAAAAUGCGUUUGCACAGUGAAUUUUAGGGGCUUGUUUUUACAGAGUUUUGGUAUUUUACAAUAUCUUACUUGAUUUACUUCAUGAUAAAGAUUCAUAUGUUCGAUAUCUAGGCUAGGCACACACCAGUUAGUCUAGACAAGACACGUUUAGUCACAAUACUUCACAUUGCUGCUUAUGACGCAACAACUACACU